UAUUAUAUUAGAUGGAAAGUAUAAAAGAAUUUGUUACACUUGUGAUUAUUGUUCAUAUUCUACCGAUAAAAAAUUUAAUAUGAUGAAGCACUUGCGAAUCCAUACAGGAGAGCGUCCAUUUGUUUGUAACACCUGUGGAAAGAGUUUCAAACAAAAGCAUCAUUUGCAGAGUCACUCAUUUUUACAUUGUUCUGGCUUAUCUGCUAGGACAUCUGAGAAUUAUGCAUGUCACACUGAGCAAAAUCUUGCUGCGAAAUAUAAAGUUGUGUAUUAUUCAUGUGCAUAUUGUUCAUACAAGACAUGGGUGAAAACUAAUUUGAAACAUCAUCUACUAAAACACACUGGUGAACGCCCAUUUGUUUGCAAGAUAUGUGGAAAGGAUGCUGCAUGUAAAAGGAUGAGAUCAGAUUUAAAAGUGGUAGGAAGAAUGCAUGCUAUGAAAGUUCACACAUGUAAUCUUUGUUCUUAUUCAUCUCAUCAUACUGGAACAUUUAAGCGACAUGUGCUAGCUCAUACUGGAGUGCGUCCUUUUGUAUGUGAAAUUUGUCAGAAAUCAUUUACACAAAAGUCAAGUCUGCGUACUCACAAGAUCAUACAUUACAGACAAAAAUUAGCCUUUGAAACUUUCUAAGAAAAUCAUAUGAAGUUUAAUUGAGUGCUAAGCUGGGCUGGUUUUAAGCAUAGGUGAUAACAGAUAUCUAGAGCACCUAUUUCCAAAUUUAUUCUAAAAAAUGACAACUAAAUGAAGGCAAUGUGUGUAUAGGGUGCCAAAAAUGCCAGAAUAUAGUUUCCUUCUUUCAAUAUGCAGCAUGUCUUUGUAGUCUUAUUUUUAUUCUAAUUAUAACUUCUGUGUUAAAUUUAGUAGAAGGUAAGAACUUCUUAAAAGUUUCUUUGUUCUGAAUAAUGAAAAUAAGAUGGAUAAUAGUUAAUUAGUUUAAUAUUUAUAACCUUUUUAAGUUGUACAUUUGAAUUUAAAAUCCUCCUAUAACUCGAUUUAGUUAAAUGUCUUUUGUUAUCAAAAGAAAUGUCUGAAAACAUAUUUUUAAUUUUAUAAAAUAAAAGAGUUCUGUUGCAUCUUAUAAUGUAUUCGAA